AUGCCACGAUCUCGGGACCCGAUCCGCGGUAGUGAGGUUGUGUGGCAUCCGGAAUUCACGAGGCGGCGACGGCAUUUGAACCUCAGGGAUCUGGGAAAGUCUCACUUGGAAUGGAGGGCGCAGAGUGAGGCUGACUCUGGAGAGGAGGUGGACAAAUUACGAGAUGCGCAAAUGGAUGCGGAUAUCGUCCCUCUAUUCAUGAGGGACAAUGAUGAGAUCUCGGCCGAAGCCGAUAAGGUCGGGGCAUUCUGUCCCGGGACAACUCUUCGACGCCUUAUGGCAGAGGGAGCGGAAGGCGGCCCUUCUUCAAGCCCCAGGGCCCUAUUGCAUGAGAGGAGUAUCGAUGGUGGUGUUAUCGGCGAAAGACGCAACAAAGGGCCAAUGACUGCGCGACAGCUGUACCAAGCGCUCCGAGAGCCCCGAUGUCAGUCGAGUCAGCCACAACAUUCGGAUGUACGACACAGGCACAUGUUCCUCAAUGACCUGGAUCCUUGGGCCAUAUGUGCCAUUUUCGGCACCGCGCCACACUAUCAGAGGAGCGCCGUCGCCUCCUUGGUGUACAGGCAUCUUCAGGCCCGGCCUUGUAUACGUGUCAAGAUCCAUCCCCAGGGGCAGAAGUUUGAAUUUGCGUUCCAUCUUCGCUACAAGGUGAUGCGCGAUUCCGACACGCCAAACAUUGAUACACGGCGCUUUGCGAAUGGUACGGCUCUCCGGGAGUAUCGAAACGUCUCGUCCCUCAACCUCAGAGGCAAUCAGCCUCAGACUCAUUGCUACGACGCACAGAUAUCCUAUCUGGUCGCGGGAAGGGAUGAGUCGACGAGUGAUACAAUUUGUGUCAAAGACGCCUACUUUGAUUCCAAGCCAGAUGGGACUAGUCUCACGGAUAUGUACGAUGAGAUCAGUCAAGACGCUGAUGGAACAGUUGCCGUCGAUCCAUCCACCUGCGACGAAGCGGAGCCCGACAUCCCUAUCCCGGAUCCCCGCCAGAAGUUUUUGAGGACGCUGGCGUACCAGCUUAAGGGAGUCACGGCCGAGUCUAUGCGGAAUGUGGAUCGAGUAUACGACAGCGUUCGCGAUUAUGCGCAAUCUGAACAUGACCGGCAGAAUCCCUCUGAGAAGUGUCCAUCCGACCCGCAAAUCCAGGCCAUCGAUACCAUCGAGUGGACUGCAAAAGUCAAAGAGUUAUCGCAGAUGUUACUGAUGGAGUUAACUGAUCUAGUCCACGCCAUUGACGAGUUUCUCUGCAAGUACCAAAAUCUGUUCCAGACGCAGCUUUGUGCUCUUUCGGUCUCGGAUAUAAACGAGAGCUUGGAGGAGUUGGAGGGGCUGAAGAAGACGCUCCAAAAUGCCAUCGCCAGGUGUGAGAGUCUCAAUGAAACUGAACAGAAUCGACUCAAGCAGUUCCCGUGUGAAAUGGGACGGAAAACCGAGUUCAUCUCCAAGUCCAUCUACCCGGUGAUGAUCGCGACGGGCAUCUUCUCCAUGCAGGAUCAUGUGCUCCCCUUCAAGGCCAACACCACGGCAUUCGUAUGCGCACUGUUGAUCAUAACUUUCCUGAUUCACCUUGGCUAUGAUCCGUCGUGGUGGCAGCUCGUUGGAAGUGCCGCCGAUAGUGUUGGUCUGAGCCAGCAAAUUCAAGCCAUCUAUCUGCGUCUUCCAGAACGCGUGCGAACAGGAUCGGCCAGCUCAACCCCCCAUCCUCCGUCGACUGACACGCCGGGAUCGUCUGCUUGGACGUUGCCGUCGUGGAGGAGAGCCGGCCCCCAGCCUACGGCCUCGGUGGGAAUGGAUGUAUGA